GAUCCUUAUCAUGGUACAAUAGUACUAGCAACUGUGAAAGGAGACGUACAUGAUAUUGGCAAGAACAUUGUGGGAGUUGUUCUGGGCUGCAACAACUUCAGAGUUAUUGAUUUAGGAGUCAUGACUCCCUGUGAUAAGAUACUGAGAGCUGCUGUUGAGCACAAAGCAGAUAUAAUUGGCCUGUCUGGUCUCAUCACCCCUUCUUUGGAUGAAAUGAUUUUUGUCGCCAAGGAAAUGGAGAGAUUGGCAAUAAAGAUUCCUUUGCUGAUUGGAGGAGCAACUACUUCUAAAACACACACAGCUGUUAAAAUUGCCCCACGAUAUAGUGCACCUGUAAUUCAUGUCCUGGAUGCAUCCAAGAGUGUUGUGGUUUGCUCCCAGCUGUUAGACGAGAGUGUAAAGGAUGAUUUCUUUGAAGAGAUAUUAGAGGAAUAUGAAGAAAUUAGACAAGAACACUAUGAGUCUCUCAAGGAAAGAAGAUACUUGUCUCUACAGCAAGCUAGAAGAAAAGGUUUCCAUAAUGACUGGUUAUCAGGCCAUAAACCAGUUAAACCAAAAUUCAUUGGCACAAAAGUCUUUGAAGAUUAUGACCUGAAGAGGUUGGUAGAGUACAUUGACUGGAAGCCUUUCUUCGAUGUCUGGCAACUUAGGGGAAAGUAUCCCAACUGGGGUUUCCCUAAAGUAUUUAAUGAUAAAACUGUAGGUGAAGAAGCAAAGAGAGUGUUUAAUGAUGCUCAAAAUCUACUGAAAACGUUGAUUAAUCAAAAGAAAUUACAAGCCAGAGGUGUGGUUGGGUUCUGGCCAGCUCGAAGUGUUCAAGAUGAUAUCCAUUUGUAUGCUGUAGAAGAGGCAGUGGGAUCUUCGGAACCAAUAGCAAAAUUUUAUGGCUUAAGGCAACAGGCUGAAAAGGACUCCGCCUGCACAGAUCCGUAUUACUGCCUCUCUGACUUCAUAGCACCACUGGACUCCGGCAUUUGUGACUACUUAGGCCUGUUUGCUGUGGCCUGCUUUGGUGUAGAUGAGUUAUGCAGUGAAUUUAGGAAACAGGACGAUGAAUACAACGUCAUAAUGGUAAAGGCUCUUGGCGAUCGGUUGGCAGAGGCAUUUGCUGAGGAGCUCCAUGAAAGGGUCCGAAGGGAGUUCUGGGCUUACUGUAGUACUGAGCAGCUAGAUCUCUCUGACCUACGCAGAAUUAAAUACGAGGGAAUUCGCCCUGCCCCUGGAUAUCCAAGCCAGCCUGACCAUACAGAAAAACUCACCAUGUGGAAACUUGCAAACAUUGAGGAAACAACAGGAAUUGGUUUAACUGAAUCACUAGCAAUGAUACCUGCUUCUGCAGUUUCUGGCCUCUACUUUUCUAGUCCCAAAUCCAAAUAUUUUGCUGUUGGCAAGAUAUCUAAAGAUCAGGUUGAAGAUUAUGCACUGAGAAAAAAUUUGUCUGUGGCAGAGGUGGAGAAAUGGCUGGGACCCAUUCUGGGAUAUGACACUGAGUAACUGACACUUGUGGGUGAACGUUUUCUUUUGAUGGUCUAUUCGCCAG